UAAAGAGGAAUUUAUUUAAAUAUUUUUACACAUUUUUAGCUGAGAACGCAAGGACGCAGUAAUGGAAGUUCUGCCUUUGGAACAGAGCGUACAUGAUGAUGUUACCGCUCAGCUUAAAUCUUUCAGUAAAUGGUCCUGUUUUACUCAGAAUUCUGAUUAUUUUCACAUUUAUAAUGGAUAUUAAAUAAGAAAAAAUAGUCAUUUGACAAAUAUCAAGUGUACAUAAUUAAUUAGAAAGACAUGUCAGUACUAAGUUGAAACCUUUUAAAAUAAAAAGUAAAAGAUUUCAUUUUUGAUCAUAAAAGAAAGCUUUACUAAGUAAAUAAUGGUGGUCUAAGCAUGGUUGUCCCCUAAAAAGUCAAAACCUUUACUUCUUUCGAAAGACUAUUUGCUUAUAAAUACUUUUUUUGUCUCAGCUGACAAAUAAUAGUAGAUGAUGACCAGUUUUAGAGUUAUAGAUUUGAUCAAUUCCUUCCACUAUUCCUUAAGUUGCACUGAAUCCAUGAACAGGUUUAAAAGAUUAUUUUACAUUUAAUUUUUUACUAACUUGCAUCUGACCAUAGAUGUUGCUUUACAUCUGCAUAAUUCAUUUACAAUAACUACUAAACACUAAGUAACAUACAACAGGUAAUUGCAUCCAAACCUGGAACUGUGGUCUCUGCUCCUGCAGAGCUGUCUGCAGAUAACCAUGAAAAUGUAAAGUGAUUUUCAGUCUCCAUCAGAUAUCAUGACAGACCAGGAAAAUGCUCUGUUGUCUGAAUGUGGCACUUAUUUCUGGUUCUGUCGGGUUUGUUUAAAAGUUUAUAAAAAACAUUAAGAUUUUCUAGAGGUUUAAAGGAAAAAAAGUUACAUGUUUUGCAUCCAGAUUCUCUUAUACAUCAUUCAUUUGCUCGUACAUAGCUUGUAGCCUUGCCAAUUAUCUUAAAGGUGUAGGGUGUAUUUGUAUUCAGCCCCCUUUACUCUUAUACCCCAAAGUAAAAUCCAGUGCAACACCUGCUUAAUAAAUCCAGUCCACUUGUAUGUAGUUUAUACACCCAUUAGUUCUGUGAAGGCCUAAGAGGUUGUUAGAGAAAAUUACUGAUCAAAUAGUAUACUUUCUAUUGUAUAAAAUCACAGUAAAAUACAUAGAUGUUUGAGGUUAUAAUCAAGGGGUAUGAGUACUACACAGCAAAGUAACUAUAUAUAAACGUGUCUCUUGAGUUUGCAGCUGAAACAAAACAUAAAGCAUGUUGUCGUCAGCCAUCAAAGUUUCUUUCAGUGCAUUUCAAAACCUUGUCUGUAAAGACUGUAACCCGAGCAGCAAGCGAGGCGUUGGCCAUAGAGUGGCACUAAAGGGGGUUGAAACCACUUGGCAUGAUGCUGUACGACAGCCCUCAUUCAUUAUCAGAGGGGCUGCUAUUCACAAUGGAGCAAACGAUGAAAUGCUGCCUUUAUGGUGGCAAGCAAAGGGCCCAGCUGCGGCCCGACACCCGAUCUCCUCUUUGGCUCUGGCCUCAUUUUGUCCUGGUAUUUCAUAUCUGACUGGGCCACCCUAAUAAAAACCAUUUGCUUAGUGCUGGAGCAGCGAUGGAUCUGUGGUUUUGGACCCUGAAAGCGCAGAUAUGGGGAAUAAACAAACCAUCUUCACAGCACAGCAGCUCGAUGCAUAUCAGGACUGUACAUAUUUCACAAGAAAAGAAAUUCUCAGACUUUUCUACCGCUAUUGGGAUUUGGCACCGCAGCUUGUUCCUCUUGACUACACCAACCAACCAGAUGUGAAGUUACCAUAUGAGCUGAUUGGCAGCAUGCCGGAGCUGAAGGACAACCCAUUUCGGCAGAGGAUUGCUGAGGUUUUCUCUGAGGAUGGAGAAGGAAAUAUGACUCUGGACGACUUCUUGGACAUGUUCUCAGUCCUCAGUGAGAUGGCUCCUCGUGACCUCAAGGCCUACUAUGCUUUCAAAAUAUACGAUUUCAACAACGAUGACUUUAUCUGCAAGUCAGACCUGGAGAAGACACUGAACAAGCUGACUCGCAACGAGCUGACAGAAGACGAGGUGAAGAUGGUGUGCGAGAAGGUGAUGAACGAGGCUGACCUGGAUAACGAUGGACGCCUGUCACUGGAGGAUUUCCAGCACAUGAUUAACAGAGCUCCGGAUUUCCUCAGCACCUUUCACAUACGGAUCUAAGGAAACCAGCUGCUGCCCUUUGAUCGCUUGUAAAAACCCAAACAUGGACUAAACAAAAAUACUGCUCAACUUAAAUGUUGAAAUCUUCAGAAAACUAUUAUUACUCUAUGUUGUCAUUUGAUCUUAAAUGUUUUCACCUGAAGUGAAACUUCAACUGAACCCACAUCCAGAGUUUAUUUUGCAAUAAAACCAGCCAUGGUCCAUCAGCGGGUGGAAGCCCAGCUAAUCCAUCAGGACAGGCUUCAUUAAUUAUGACCAUCAACAGUAGAUUUGUUUUGUAUCUAAAGGGGUUCAGUUACACUGCAUGUAAAAGAACAGAACAUCCCAGCGGGCCAGUAAGAGGGGGAGAGGGCCAUUUGUCCUAAAAGCAGCAAAGCUCCAGCAUGGGGGUCAACUAUUGGUCACCUCGUCAGGAAACCAGCCAAUGAAAGUACUGGAAGAACUUAAACAUUUUUAGAUCUUUUUUAUUAAAUCAAAAGUACACAUAUCUACAGUUUGUAGAUACAUUUCUUAUGGGUUUAGAAAGUACAGUACAGUUUAUAUAGAUUUAUUUUUCAAUAUUCAAUGAUAUUUAUAUAUUUUCCCGCUCAAAACAUCUCCCUGUAAAUUUCCCAACAGACAAUGAAAACGUGACAGCUAAAGAUACGUGUUUGCUUUAUUACAACAUGUGACCGGAAUCUUAAGAAGAAGUGAAAUAAAAAAAAAAGAAGAA